AUGGAUUCAGUAAACACUUCUAGCCUUUCAAUUAAUCGCCUAGAGCCACCGUCUCAACGGUACAGGCUUCGUUCAGAAACUCCGAGUCCUUCUCCUGCUCUCCCAGAGAUUCCACCAGCGGAACUUGAUCUCGCUUUUUCCUUUGACACGAUCAUGGGUUUUUCAAAAUUUUCAGAACCACAGGCCGAGAAAGUCCAGAAGCGAGCUAGUAACGUGAUGAAGCUAACUCAGGAGAAUGAGAAGCUGAAAGAAGAGCUUAGAGCAAUGACUGCUCGCUUAGAAGCUGCUGAACGCAAACGUCAGGAGUUAGCUAGCAGAUUUCCGAAGCAACAACAGAACAACACGGCACAAUCCAACAGGUCAUAG